AUGGCAUAUAAAACGACAGAGUUUGGCGAUUAUGUUGACCAAAUACUCGUCAAAGCCUUCUUUCAGCCCGACGAUGAACUAUCUCUAAAGACUGUUGGGGAAUAUUUUGCUUCUGAUUUCGAAGCUAAUAUUAAUGGCGGUCCCAUUCCGGGCGAUGCUUACAAGGCAGCCAUUGUCUCCUCCCGUGCCAAAUCGAUCUUCAAGGUCGUCAAGGUUGAAGAGAUUCUUGCCAGCCACGAUGCGGACAAGGCGAAAGGAGGAUCAGUGGCUCACCACACCGUGUUUUCGGUUACCGAUAAAGAAACUGGCGUCGAGAAGCAAGAGUCUACUUUGACGAUUAUCACUUGCGCUGAACAGAACGGAAAGGUGGUUCUCAAAUCAUUGACCGAGGUGUUCCAUCAGUAA